AUGUGUGACUUUUCGCAAUAUGGUAUCCCCAGCGAGGAGUGGCUGAAGGUGGAGGCUACUUUGCCGGCUGCAAAGGAGCAGAGUUUAUCUGAGCUCAAGCGAACAGCCAACGAGGGUAGAGAAGCCAUGGCGCAGAGGGAAAUGAUCGAGCUUUCCAAGCGCGUAUCAAUGCAAGACCACGAAAUUCCCAGCCGCGAUGACCACAAAUUGGAGGCGAGGAGCUAUCGUCCACUGACUGCCCCACCCACGGAGAACCUCCCUGUUUACAUACACUUCCAUGGGGGUGGAUUCCUUUUUGGCACCUUAAGUUCAGAAGACGCGAUAUGCGCUCGGCUUGCCAUCAGUGCCCGUGUCGUUGUCGUCAAUGUCAAUUACCGUCAUACUCCUGAGUAUACAUACCCGACUGCGUGGAAUGAUGCAGAAGACGGGUUUAUUUGGGUCUGUGACAACGCUACUCUGUUCAACGGUGAUCGAGACCAAAUCGUCGUCGGUGGGAUAUCAGCUGGCGCAUGGGUCGCCGCGGCCCUGACACAGACAGCAUUAAGAUCGGAGCUCCGAGUUUCGUCAACACCCGCUAUUCGUGGACAAGUCUUGAUGAUUCCUUGUUUAGUCUACACGAAGUGCUACGCAUCCCAAUUACACCAGAUGAAGGAUCUUAGUAUAUCUUCAUAUCGCCAAAAUGAGAACGCGCCAAUCCUGAAUUUGCGCAGGAAACAGCUGUUUGGUGAUCUCCUCAAGGUACAAGAUCCAGAUCCAGCCGACAAACGGCUGAAUCCAGCGCAUUUAUCUUCUGAAGAUGCGAAGAGAAUGCCACCGACUACGCUUGGAAUUGCAGGUUAUGACCCGCUGCGAGAUGAAGGACUGCUAUACGGCAAGCUGUUGGCUGAAAAUGGGGUGCCAACCAAUGUGAAUGUUUUCAAGGGUGUGCCGCAUGGAUUCCGACGAUUCGGAGAGAGACUAUCGGUUUGCAAGCAAUGGGAUCAUGUCAUGGAAAGUGGUAUUCAGUGGGCUCUGGCCAACCCGACUGCUUCCAAAGAGUUUAAGAUUCAGGAAUAUUAG